GGCGGCCUUUGUUCGCUCCAGCCACGCCUACGCGCCAGCAUUCCGGGCCCCAGCCUAGUUGACGCACGUCUGCGAGCCUUUGUCUCUGUGGGGAGGCCGGGCAGGAAAAUGGAACAAAAAGGCGGCGUCUCGUGCUUCCUGUGCUAUUGUACUUUUUCUUCUUGUUGUUCUCUUGAUUUUCGAUUAUUAUUUCUUGUCGACAUCUUGUUGCAACGGGGUUGAAAGGACUACGCUUAGCUAUUAACAGCAGACACACACUACGGCGCCCACCACCCACCCACUGUAGCAGCUGCCCCUGGUCCCCGCCGCUAAAAAAAGAUCAGCCCUUCGAUCCCCUCGAAUCAUCUUCAGCACAGGCCGCCUCGUCUUCGCUUGCCACUUUUUGCGCCGAGCUUGCCUACUUUUAACCUUUUGCGCUGCUGGAUCGGGCUGCUCGCUGUGUCUGCCACACAGACCCUUUUUUGUGCUCGCUCUUCGCCCAGCCUGAUCAAAAUCCCCAAAAAAUUAAACAGCGCAACAAAAAGGCUCUGGCAGCCUCCUCUCCUCAAACCAUCAUCUCUUCUCUCUUUCACAUCUUUCGCCACGAAACGGAAAUUGGUUCGCCAGCAGCCCUGCAAAACGUCGUCUCCCUUGCCCACGUUCCACUAUCCGCUGUACCGCUACACCGUGCCUGUUUAUCACACUCACACUACACUACAAAGUACCAUACAGUACACUACCGCAGCACUUUGACAAGCAAGCCACGCAACCCCUGGACGCUCCUUUUUUUCCCUCUUGCUUUGCGGCCAAUCAGCUCUGCAGCCUGCAGCUCUGCCCGAAACGACCCACGCACACGCACUUGCGCGCCCCCGCUCCAGCGCUCUCCCUCCGCAAAAGCGACUCUGUUACAGGUAGCCUGCCAGCGCCUGCACACACGCCACUGCAACUUGUCCUUGUACAGCACGCUGCCACUGUGCCAGUCAGCCAGCCUCGACCCGCCCAUCCCGCUGCCGCCGCCUCUCCUGCAUAUUUUUCCUUCUCCUCUCUCUUCUCUCUCCUGAGCCCAAACCGCAGUUUCGUGGUUUCUCGACAACCAAGCAAAGGCAUCGAUUUAGCCGCCCUGCGACACUCGCCAUUUUUUUUUUUGACAACACGGACUCUUGCUUCUCUUGGCGCCUGUCCGACUUUCCUUUUCGCUCUUCUCUUUUUUUGUCGUCUUUGGCUCUACAGCUACUUUUUGGCUCGGUAUAAUAGCCCUUUUGCGCUGUGCCCACCCGCCUUCAACCCAACGCAACCCGCUUCGCCUCCUCGACUUGGAUUGUCCAAACUUCGACUGAACACUAGUCGCCUUUUUUAUCUUCUAUGCGCGGUUACGGCUCUCCCUAUUCACCCUCUCUUGGAAAAAUGGAGCACUCGCGCCCCUACGGACGCCGAGGCGGUAUUCAGAUGGGCAAUGUCCUUGGUGACCCCUUCGCCCUUGCCACCAUCUCGAUUGCAAUGCUUGCUUUUCUAAUUUCUUUCAUCUCCGUCAUCUUGGCUCAGAUCGAUAACAACAACAGAAAGGCUGCUUGGACCAACACCCAAACCGGCCCUUUCCCCGACGAGUUCAACCGAUUCUGCUGGUGGGCCGUCUUCUACACGCUCUUUUUAAACAUUACCGUCUUCAUUGUCAUUGCUAGCGAUGCUGUCCAGACAUACCACGUUGCCGUGUCUUCGUACGCUGCCGCUGGCAUGGUCCUGGUCUCUUCGUCUGUCAACACUCUUAUUUACAGCUCUGUUGGCUCCCGCCAGGCUGCUGCCGCCGGCAUGCUGCUUCUUGCCAUCAUCGACAUCGUCUGGGUUUUCUACUUUGGCUCGACCCCUGCUUCGACUCCUCGCGCCUUUGUCGACUCAUUCGCGCUUACCAAGGAAUCUGCUAUCCGCCAACAAGCCAUGAGCAACUACGGCGGAGUCGGUCGUCCCGAGACUUCCAACUCUGUUGCUCCUCCGCAAAUGUACACCACGUCCUCCCAGCUCAACGGCUUCGAGAACGCCUCGCCCGUCGGUCCCCGUGGAAACAACAUGCAGACCUUUGCCUCCACGACUUCUGUUUCGCAGCAGCAGCAGCAGCUCCAGCCUCAAGCCGCGGUUUCGGCUCCUACACAGCCCUCGCAACCGCCAUCGUCCAAGUCUCCUGGCGCCGAUGCUGAGGUUGGUCCUCCUACCGAGUACCCCUACCGCGCAAAGGCCAUCUACAGCUACGAUGCCAACCCCGAAGAUGCCAACGAGAUUUCUUUUGGAAAGCACGAAAUCCUCGAAGUUUCUGACAUUAGCGGCCGCUGGUGGCAGGCUCGUAAGGAGAAUGGCGAGACCGGUAUUGCGCCGAGCAAUUAUCUCGUCCUUGUUUAAGCCCGCAGUCCUUUGCGCUGAGCGCAAGACUUGCCUGUCUUGACACGCAUGCCAAGGUCUGUAGCGCUUAAAAAAGAUUGUCGAUAUUUUGCCGCAGACCUCUGAAUAUUCUCUCCUGUUUCCUACUUUGCUUUUCCACCUUUUGUCUAGAAAGGUUGACGAUACUCCUGGAUUUUCUUUUGCGAACGUUGCGGGUUCCCGGAUAUGUAUUGGAUGGAGUACGCUGUUUUUUAUUACCCUUACACCUUUUUUUAUUUAUUUGCUCAAAAAGACGGCAUCUUGCCCACCGGCAAUGCCUUUCUUUUCGCUUCUCUCUUUGCCUCCCUACGCACCAGCGCACAUCUGCGCAUGAUGCCAUGCUGGGACGAAGGUGGAAGAUCAUGGCCAAGGGCCACUAGACGUGGGAAAAACACAGUUGACAUUACUUGGGUGUGUGAUUCUUGUGUUUGUGGGAUUAUGGGGAGCCCUGAUUCCUUGCCCAGAUAUACCAGCCGUUUUUGGCACCUGCGUUACGAUAGUUUGCGUUGGGAUGGGAAUUUGUACAUAAUUGCAGGAUAUCAAUUGAUCAUAUAACUCG